AUGCUCCCCCGCAUACUGAGGGGCGAUUACGUCGUCUCUGCCCAUAAAGCUAAAGGUGCAACAAGUCACUGUCGCGAAAUGGAGGAAGAUUUAGAACGCGCAGACUGCUAUAGCCCUGAUCCUGCGUUUGAAGCUGCCGUAGCUAUCGUACAAAAUAUGCCAAAGAAAGGACCAAUUAGUAUCUCCAUCAAUCAGAAGUUGCGCCUUUACUCGCUGUUUAAACAAGGAACAGUCGGAAAGUGCAACAUUCCAUGCCCACCAUUUUGGUCGGCCGUUGAACGUCUAAAAUGGUAUGCAUGGAAUUCUCUUGGCUCAAUGGAACGACAUCUGGCUCGAGAAAUCUACACUCAGGAGCUGAAAAAAAUUAUCAACAAUGUCCAGAAUGAAUAUGAUAUAAUUCACCUGGCCAACAGAAAUAUACAAGGCUUGAGAAAUGACCCGAACUUGAAUGGAUUGGUAAGAAACUGCAAUAUUGAAAGGGCUGUGUUGAUUUUGACAGUACCUCAAAAUGAAGAAAAUUCCUCAAAUUAUUUGAUGUCGAAGCGCGCGAUUCAGUUUUUGUACAUUUCAGGAAGCCCGAACCUCUUCCUCCUCAGCAGUGGACACAACAAACCGCAGACACAGGAGAUCGAAACAAUGCACCAAGUGGAUGAAAGCUCGUCUGCUUCGAGCUGUAGUGAUGAUGAAUAUUUUGAAACUGUUCCUGAUCACGAACAGGAAGCCCGAACCUCUUCCUCCUCAGCAGUGGACACAACAAACCGCAGACACAGGACUGAACAAAUUGCGCUGCAGUUUGCUCCCGUCACAGAGUCACGGAGCGUGCUGGAGAGUAGUUUGGAAGCAUUUGUCAAUGUGUUGACUUAUCUCAGACGCAUCGUUUUCGCAUCGCUGUCUGGUUUGCGGAGAAGUUUCCUGCAUAUACGAGUUCGUUGGAAAAUGAUACUGUUUGUGAUCGUCUGGCCAUUUGUCGCUAAUUUUGCAAUGGCUUAUCUCUAUUAUCGCACGUUAAUGCGCCGAUGA